AUGGAAGGGUUUAUAACAAAAUACAGCGCUCAACUUGCCGAUUUCUCUCUGAAGACAGGCAUUUCAAGUGCUCAAGGUUACUUUACCUGCUGGAUGAAUCGAUUUAAUGAAGCUGUACGAGAACUGCAAUCCGAAUUGGCACUCAAAAAAACGAAAUACGAUCCAGCAGCCUGGGAUAAGAACUUUAUUGAAUUGAAAGAACUGCAGGAAAACUGCCAAACGUAUCGCAUUUAUGCUUUGAGAACUCUUGGUCAAGCUGCUGUAACGGCUGCGGAACAACUACGAAGUGCUGAUGGCACACGAUCAGACGUCGGAACCCAAUACGAACAAAAUGACAACGUUGAUGUAGGCAUAGAGCAAGUAGUCAACGUCGAUGAAGAUACAGUGUAUGAUGAUUUGGACGACGUUCAGAAAUUGAUGAAAUUUUUUAUCUGUUAUCUCUCACGAUAUGUGGUAUUCUUUUUAGACAGGUUGUGUUUGUCAAGUAUUGUAAGCCUUAUCUCUCCAGAAUCAAUCGCAUUUACCAAAACGAUCUUGACAUCCUCGCAAAUGACAUCCUUGAUCGAACUCUCUGUGUCUGAAACAUUCGGCUUCUCUGAUGAAUGCAUAAGAGUAUUUGAUCAAUUAAUAUCAGAAAGAACAAUCUUCGAACCAGACAGCAUCAUUGAGAACAUCUACAAGCUUCAAGCAAAGUAUUGCUGGCACAAGAAUUCGGAUUUAUAUAGAAUGCUUUGUAUCCUUCAGCAAGUUAUCUCACAAUUCGAUGACUGGAGUGAACAGACUGACGAAUCAGAAAACACGGUAUUCAGAAGAUUUGCUGUUUUGCUUGACAUUUUGUUCAGAUACACCAAGAUAAAAAUGAGGGAAAUUUGA